UUUGUCCCUUGAUUGAGAUGACGCUUGUCUUGGAGUGAGAUUGUGUUGUAUUUACGUCACGUAGUCAUGAGACAAACCAAGCUGAUCAAUGCUUUCCCGCCGUGUAAUCACCCAUUGGCUUACAGCUGUCUAAUAGUGAAACAUUAACCUCUGCUUGUCUAAAACACUGCGCGAUUUCUCAUGCUUCAACAUUAGCAGCGGAGAGGAUACGAUACCGGAGAUUAUGUAUCGGGUGUAAAAGACUGCAAGAAAUCAUGGCUGGACAGACAGUCUGGAUGAAUCUGAGCUUCAAGCUUGUGCUCUACCACUAUAUGAGUUAUGUGAUAAUAUUACCAAACCUCACACUGGCAUAUCAUGCCCAACAAGCACUGGCCGGCAGUCUCAGUAUGUUUAAUGGAAGUUCACAAGUCAAAUCUACACAGGAACACUUAGAAGAAGCUUUUGAAGAGCAGGGUUAUUACUUGCAACGCCUGUUCCUUCAGUAUGGGGACAAUGGGACUUUGACCUAUGAGGGUUUGCAAAAGUUACUGGGAAGUUUAGGUCUGGGGGAGGUCAGUGUCCUGGAGAUCCGACAAGGAGGGUUGAAGUAUUCUUCUCAACCCUUAUCCCAUUCAGACGAAGACCAUCGUGAUCCUCAUGGGUCCACAACCCCACCCCCACUCACAGAAAGUCCUAGACCUCACAUUAAACCAGUGCUCAGUGGAUCAUCCUCAGAAUCACAUACCGGCCUAAGACACAAACUUGAGGAAAGUGUGUCACUGCUUUUAGAUCACCCGACAGACAAACACCUUCAUGGGAAUUGUCUGAAUGUUACCCAGCUCCUGUGGAACUUUGGGCUGGGACAAGCAUCCCAUAUCACGCCUGCCCACUUCACCUUCCUGUGCCCUGCCCUUCUCUACCAGAUUGACAGCGGAGUUUGUCUACGACACAUAGAGGUGGAUGGACAGGGGAGCAAAGCCAGUGAGGGUUUCCUCAGAGCACUAGGUUGGGCCUCCUUGGCUCUCUUUGUAAUCAGUCUGCCCUCCCUGCUUGUCUUGGCAUUGGCACCCCUGCUUCGACCGUCUAGCCUCCAAAUAUUCCUCUGCCCGAUGGCUGGAAUGGCAGUGGGCACACUCUGUGGAGAUGCCUUGCUGCACCUCUUGCCCCAUGCCAUCUUUAGUCAACAUGGUGAACAUCAUGAUGCUGUGUUAAAGGGUCUGAGUGUGCUGGGAGGAGUUUACUUUCUGUUUGUGUUUGAGAGUCUUCUGGGAAUUAAGCAACACUUCAAGAAUUUAAAGAAAAGAAGGCAUGAUACAGAGUCUGGAAGGGAGUUGGAUGCACUGCAGGGUUCCUCAUCACCCAAUCAGAAUGAGAAUUCAGAAUCUGGGCACGGGCAUUCUCAUGGGCAGCUCGGGUCAGAGAAGUCUGGCAUCAAAAGCAUGGCAUGGAUGGUGGUCAUGGGAGAUGGAAUACAUAAUCUUACAGAUGGACUAGCCAUUGGUGUUGCAUUUUCUCAGAGUCUGACGGGUGGACUUAGCACAGCAAUCGCUGUAUUCUGCCACGAGCUUCCUCAUGAAUUAGGCGAUUUGGCGGUGCUGUUGGCUGCAGGCUGGCCUAUACGCAGGCUGGCUGUGUUUAAUGCCGUGUCAGCUCUGCUGGGCUUUGUUGGUGUUUUAACUGGCACAGCACUGGGGAACCAGUGGGCGGCACACUCUCCCUGGAUUCUCACCAUCACUGCUGGAGUUUUCCUCUAUGUUGCUCUGGCUGACAUGUUGCCUGAAAUGCUGCAUGGAGAUGCUGGAUCUCCGAGCCCUCUGAAGCGCUUCUUCCUGCAGAGUCUGGGCCUGCUGAUAGGCGGCGCCAUUAUGCUUUGCAUCGCCCUCUUUGAAGACCACAUUGCUGUUAACCUGGGAGAUGGCUGAAGAUAUGACUGUACAACUGGAAUGGCAUUCUCAAUGUCAUGACUGUGUGAGAAUUACGGUCUAACCCUGCAGUAUUGUGUACAUACCAUGUCGGUCUUUGAGCUACUGACCGAUGGUCUCUUCCUGUUUGGAUAUUCUAUACGGCCAUCUUGGUUCAAUUAGAUGUUUUCUUUAGAUCAACUUAACCCCCUGUAAAAUAAAAUGUGAUUUUCUGAAUGAUAUAUUGAACUUACAUAUUACUAACUGCAAUAGAUGACGUGUAAAUAAUUGGUAUACUACUGUAUGUUUUAAGCUUUUUUUUUGCACAUUAAUGUGUACCCAUUGGUCAUUCAAAAUCAAGGGGUUAUGAUACAACAGAUUAUGAUUGUGGGGUCCACAUGUGAAAAUGCUUCUACUUUGCACUUUUCUAAUUUAAUAUAGUUUUAUUACAAAUUAAAUUGAAAAAAAUUGUGUGAAAAUUUGAAUUGAAAAAAUGUACUUGAUAUGUCCCCCUUUUGUUUUAAUGACAGCAUGCACUCGAGCUGAAAACUUGAUUUAUCAUCUCGGCAUGACUUAAAAUCUUUCAAUUUAAAGAGCAUCUUUUGUGCUUCAAUGGAUGCAAGAAAACCGUACCUUUCGUACAAAAGGUUUUAAGAUAAUUAAGACAUGCAGUAAGGCACUUGCAGUACAAUGGAAGUGAAUAGCACAUAAACAUAAAUUAUAGCCACAAGACAUACAUGUUAAUCUUAGUUUGAUAAAAUCACUGUAAAGUUAUUUCUAAUACUGGGAUUAGAGGGUUUAGUUGUAAUGACAGUAAUGAAGUUGCAAUAUAACAUAUAACUUUCCACAAGGUUAGUAAGUGAUUUUACCACACUGUUAAUAUGUGAAAUGUCUAUCUCUUUAUGGCUAUACUUUUGAAAUGUGCGUUGUAGCGUUUAUGGACUGGCUCCCUUCCAUUGUAAUUGCCUUUUUUUUUUUUUUUUAAAUCAAGGACAAGUCAAUUAUUUUCAUGAAAAUCAACAUAAUGCCACAAAUGCUGUUAGUUGAGUUUAGCUUAAAUUGAACUCAGAAAAAAAUAUUUUAUUAUAGUAAAUGUCACAUCUGCUUGUAUUAGAAAUAGAAAUAGGGCAGAAUCAAAUAUUUCUUAUUCAUUUUACAUCAUUACUUUUUUUUUUCUUCAAAUCCUAAAACUUCAUUUCCAGAUUUUCAAAUGUGGGCUUCUAGUUAUAU